UUCCUUGUCCUUGGCUGCCGCUCGUCAAUGCUCGCCAAAGUCGUCGUCAUCGUCGUCGUCGUCGUCGUCGCUUUUUGCUUUCCUGCCUGUUUGUCUUGUGCCUGGUUCCUUCCUGGUUCCUGCUCGACGUGAACGUGCGUUGUUUCCUGCUCACACACAGAUUCGCUUGUCCUGGCGCGUCCUGUGCCGUGUGCGUUUUUGCCUUUGGCUCAACUUGGGCUUUUCCAUCUUUGCCCCUGGCUUUUUCUGGCUGAGAUUUUUUCUUUUUAUUAUUGUCGUCUCUUUACAUAGCCAACAAUUAACGAUUUAAAGCUGAGGAAUUAAAUACAACAACAACAACAAAAGCAACAGCAACAAGGACAACAACAAAUAUCUGGCAGUGCCACAAACAUGACCUAAGGGCACAGCUCAAGCCACGCCCCAUGGACACAAGGCCAACACAAAAGGGCCAAACACAAGCUAUGCAAUCGUGGGCCACAACUGAGCGCCAUCUGUUGGAAAAUUUGAAUUUAUGAAGCAAGUGACAUAAAUCACAAAACAGAUACCCAAAAAGCUGCAGCACAAAACAGCAACACAACAGACACAAGGCAGAGAAUAGCAUGCAAUUAGCAGCAACAAUUGUGGCACAACAUGGAUAAGAAAUCAAAGACGAAAUCUAAAACGAAAAGCCUCAAGCCGAACAAAGAGUCAAGCACACAGCUGGAUGUGGAUCUAUGGGAGCAAAAUGAGGAUCGCUUCACCAUCUGUGAAUUCAAUGUGGAGCACAAAGUACACAAAUUGCCGCACAAUAACAAAAAGGCAACAGCAACUGGAACAGCUGGAGCAGCUGCUGCAGGCGGUGGUGGCGCCGUGGUCUGUCCGGGUAAUGCGGCGGCAUUAACAUUGACAGCAACGGCAUCAGGCAAGGAGGAGACUGCGCCACAGCUUAGCACCACGCCCACAGCCAUCAGCAUUGCUGGCUGUGCUUCGGGCACGGCGCUGGUCACACUGGACGCACUAGACGCGGUGACCAUUGAGACAGUCGAACCGGAACGUGGCAACUGGACGGGACGCUUUGAUUUUCUGCUCUCGCUGCUGGGCUAUUCGGUGGGCCUGGGCAAUGUCUGGCGAUUUCCGUAUCUCUGCUACAACAAUGGUGGUGGCGCCUUUCUAAUACCCUUCACCAUAAUGCUCAUCAUAGCGGGUCUGCCGCUAAUGUUCAUGGAGCUCUCGUUUGGCCAAUAUGCUGCACUGGGUCCGGUGGCCAUCUAUCGACGGUUCUGUCCGCUCUUUCGCGGCCUUGGCACCGGCAUGGUCAUCGUUUCGGCCAUUGUCAUGCUGUACUACAAUCUGAUCAUUGCCUGGACCAUAUUCUACAUGUUUGCCUCGUUUCGCACACAGCUGCCCUGGCAGAACUGCGAACCGGAGUGGAGCACGGAAAAUUGCUUCUCCUACGUGAUGGCGGAUCAGUGUGAGGCCAUCAAUGGCACCUACUAUCUGCGCACCUGCUACAAUGCGACCUAUGCGGACUAUCACAACAUAACGGAACUGGCGCUGCACGCCCUCAAGCGUCCACCGGCCGAGGAGUACUUUAACAACUAUGUGCUGGGCCUGUCGUCGGGCAUUGAGGAAACGGGCAGCAUUAAAUUUUCAUUGGCCGCCUGCCUGCUCAUGGCCUGGGUCAUUGUCUUUCUCUGCCUGUGCAAGGGCGUUCAGUCCUCCGGCAAGGUCGUCUACUUUACCGCCUUGUUUCCCUAUUUGGUCUUAGUCAUACUCUUCUUUCGGGGCGUUACCCUGCCGGGCGCCAGCACGGGCAUUUUGUUUUAUCUAACGCCCGAUUGGAAGCAACUAGCCAAUGCUCAAGUCUGGGGCGAUGCCGCUGUGCAGAUCUUCUUUGCGCUAAGCCCCGCCUGGGGAGGCCUCAUCACCUUGUCCUCAUACAACAAGUUCUCCAAUAACUGCUACAAGGACUCUCUCAUUGUGGCCUUUUGCAACAUAGCCACGUCGUUCUUUGCGGGCCUGGUCAUAUUUUCCAUCAUUGGUUUUCUGGCGCACGAACUGGAUGUGGAGGUGAAAAAGGUUGUGGACCAGGGCGCCGGCUUGGCGUUCAUUGUCUAUCCGGAGGUGGUAACACGUCUGCCCAUCUCACCGGUUUGGUCGGUGCUGUUCUUUGUCAUGCUGCUCACCCUGGGCCUGGACUCGCAGUUUGCUCUGAUGGAGACCGUUACCACUGCCAUUUUGGACAAGUUUCCAAAUCUGCGACAAUACAAAACUUGGGUUGUACUCUUUGUGGGCAUAUUUGGCUAUGUAGGCGGCCUUGGCUUUACCACCAAUAGCGGCAUGUACUGGCUGCAGCUGAUGGAUAAAUAUGCUGCCAAUUGGUCGGUCCUGCUCAUUGCUAUAUCGGAGUGUGUGCUGAUUGCCUGGAUUUAUGGAUCACAGCGUUUUUUAAAUGAUAUACAGGGCAUGAUUGGCAAGCGUUCGCGUCUAUGGAAUUUCUUCUGGGGCUUUAUGUGGCGCUAUAUAACACCCGCAACGCUAUUGUUCAUUUUGUUCUUCAACUGGGUAGAGUACAAGCCCGCACAGUAUGGCCAUUACAUAUAUCCCUUGUGGGCUGAUACUGUGGGCUGGAUCGUCGGUCUGUUUCCGGUGUUUGUCAUAUUGGUGAUAGGCGUGCAACAGAUUUUCAAGGCGCCAAAGCAUCUGAGCUUCAGGGACCGCAUCAAGGUUCUGAUGCGCCCCACCCCCGAAUGGGGACCCGCUGGCAGACCCUGCGUCAAUUUGCAUGCCGAACGCUAUCAGAGCCAAAAUUACGAUGGUGUGACCAACACCCAAAUACUGAUUAGCGGGGCACCCACGGAUGUGAUGCCCUACGAGGAUGCGGUCAAUGGCAAUGCGGCUGACAGCAAUGACAACGACAAUGGCAAUGGCAACGGCAACGGCAACAACGGCUAUCGGGAUGAGGCAAUGCAACUCUGAGAGCGAGUGAACGCAUCCUCGUCGGCGAUGGCCAGCGUUGACGUGGAUGUGCUGCCCAUGACGGUGGGUAAGCUGCCAGGACCGAGCAUAUUGAAAACAUCGGCCAAGCUCAGCGGCAACAGCAAUCAGCAGCAGGCUCAACCGGAAAACGGGCGCCACAAGCCCAAACCAGAGUCGAGUGGCAGCCAGCAACCGACCAUCAAAGCGGAUAAUCAGAGCCAGCAACAUGCGAGCACGCCAGCAACAGCAACAGUCGCAGCCACCACCAAGGUCUUGUCCACGGGCACCAUGAGCAGCGGACGUGAGUGCAACACUAUGUCCACAUUCGCGGCAACAGCAGCAGCACCAAAUGUUGGCACGGAGGGCGCUGGCGGUGGAGUUGCUGCAGAGCUGGCCAUGCCCAAGACGACAGCUGCAGCCGUUGCCGGCACACAGGCGAUAAUAGCAACAACUAGCAGCAAUAUUGCUGCGGUGCCAGCUGGCCCGAAGCCAGACACAGCUCUAACGACUUUUAUGCCAGCCACAAUGCCAAUAAUAACAGCUGCUGCUCAAGCCAAUACCAGCAAAACGGCUGCAACAGAUGUGCAUAUGAGUGCUGUCAGCACAACAGCAAUCAAUGGCAAAGUCGGUGCAACAGUAAUAGCUGCAGCAAAUCCAAAAUCCCAAAUAGUUUCCACAAUGAGCGUGUCGACAAAAGCACAGCCAAACAUAGGUGUCGCCAAUAAAACAGCGAAGACAGCAACAACAGUUGCUGCACUCACUGCAGCAACAUCAAUAACAGCCACCAACAAGUCGCCAAUGAGGUCAUUAAAAAUUAUUACAACAAUCUCAAAGCCAGUUGCAAGUGUUGCUGCCAAUUCAGCUACAACAACUGCUGGCGGAACAGCAACAAACGUCAGUGUUGCUACAAAACCUCAAGCAAUGACAGCAGUAACCGUUGUGGCAACAAAUGUGGUCAGCAAUGCAACAAAGCCAGAAGCAACAACAGCAAAAUCAGAAGCAACUGUUGCAAGCAAUAUGCCGAAGACAGCAGCAAUAACAGCAGUGACAACUGCAACUGUUGCAGGUAAUAUGCCAAAGCCAGCAACAACAACUGCAACUGUUGCAGGUAAUUGGCCGAAGACAGCAGCAACAAUAGCAACAACAACUGCAACUGUUGCAGGCAAUAUGUCAAAGCCAGCAACAACAAUAGGAGCUGUAGCAAGCAAUAUGCCAAAGCCAGCAGCAACAACUGCAACUAUUGCAAGCAAUAUGCCGAAGACAACAGUAACAAUAGCAACAACAACAUCAACUGUGGCAGGCAAUAUGUCUAAGCCAGCAACAACAACAGGAACUGUUGCAAGCAAUAGGCCCAAUGCAGCAGCAACAGCAACAACUGCAACUGUAGCAAGUAAUAUGCCAAAGACAGCAGCAGCAACUGCAAGUGCUGCAGCAAAGCCAAAUGUAGUCAACGCAGCUACCACGAUUAUUGCCAGCAACACAGCUGCAAUUACAAAGGUUGUUGCACCUGCAACCACAAUUGUUACCAACUCAACCACUGCAGUUGUCAGCAGCAAUAUACCAGAUGCAACUCAACAAGAUGCGACUACAAAGUCAGCAGCUGCAGCAGCAAUUGUUGCUAAGGCAACCACACCAACUCAGAAGACAUCAGUAAUUUCUGCUCAUGCUGUGAUCACAGUAGCCGCCAGCAACACAACAAAGGCAGCCCCAGGAGCAGCAGCAACACAAGCAACAACACCAAUAAAGACCACAGCAAGCACACCAGCAACAUCAAAGCCAGCAACACCAACAGCCGCAUCAAAGCCCACAGCAACAUCACCGACAAAAAAGGCAACAACAUUCUCAGCAACAUCAAAGGCUGCAACAACAACAACAGCCACUUCUAAGCCCACAGCAACGUCACCGACAAAAAAGGCAACAACAUUCUCAUCCACAGCAACAUCAAAGCCUGCAACAACACCAACAGGCACAGCAAAGCCCACAGCAACAUCACCGACAAAAAGGCCCACAACAUUCUCUGCAACACCGGCAUCUUUCAAGGCACAAGCUAACAAACCAACAACAACAACAAACAGCAACAGCAACAUGUCGCCAAAGAUAACCAAAGCAGCAACAGGCAAGCCGACAGCAACAACUAGCCCCACAAAGACAGCAAACAAACCGAUGAUAACAACUACAACAUCAACUACAGCAACAACAAGCAAAGCGGCAGCAACAUCAAGCAAAACGAAAGCAGCUGCAACAGCAAAGAAGUAAAAUGAAGGCAAGUCUCAAAAGCCGAUAUAAAAGGUAUUUCCAAUAUCGAACACUAUUUUUCUAAGCAUAUAUAUUUAAUGUUAAAGAACUCGAGCUAAGCAAAAAAACACGCUGUUAAGCCUAACAAGUACUAUAUACUUAUAUAUAAGUAAAUGUUAUAUACCUAGAUGUUUAUAUAGAUGCAGAUUUUAUAAAUAUUUAUUUGGAUUACUUUUACUUGGAAAGCGAACAGCAACAGAUUUGAGCAAAGCAAAUUGCAACAUUUUCGAGAAUUUUAACAGUUCCCCAUGAACUCUGAACAUUUGCCAAAAAGAAAUAAAAAUCCUGUAAGCAAACUUGAAAGGAACAAGUCAAAACUGCUAUGUUCGGACUGCCGAAUAUUUAAUACUCUUGCAGAGGUAAUGAUUCAACCGUCUUUUGAUUCGAGCUGUAACAACUUUGACAAGAGAUUUUAAAGCAUAAUGUAGCUAGAUUUUGUUGAUGUCAAAGAUACAAGCCUAAUAGAAUUAAACACUGCAAGGGUAUUACGACAAACAUAUUUCCUAGCAAUACACACUAACUACAUAUACAUAUAUAUCUA